AUGUCUGUACAUCGAUUGUCUUCCUCUAUGAGUUCAUCUCAUCAUCAUUCGUCGGAUCUUUCUCAUGCACAACAUUCCCAUCUACCAUCAUCGUGGUUUACAUACGGAUCAUCCCAAACCAAUGAGAAAUUGUAUGAGAGAUGUCUAGAAAAUCCGUUUGUUAAUACAUCGUUGAGAUCGGAAGCUUCAGAUAAGCAAACAUCCAAACAUCAAGUUUUAAUAGAAUUAAUUGAAAGGAGUAGAGGAGAGUUUGUUUCUUGUAUUAAGGCAUGGGUGGAUCUGAUUGUAAAAACACAAAUUGAUGAGCCUUACCAAGCCAUGAUCAAUUCAUCAUCUAAAUAUGGAGGAGGGGUUAACGCAUUAAAAAUCACUGCUCGUGAUCUUGACUCGUAUACGGGAAUAUCAGGAAUUUUGUACAUGCUUAUAUACUUGUAUAUCAAAGCCAAUAGCCAGUGUACUUGGUCGUCACCUCCUCCCUCCGAAUGUUCAUCAGAGGGAAUAGCUGAAUUUUCACCAACAACGAAAGACAAUGAUCAAACAAAUAUUCCAUCUCCUUCUCCUCAAAAUUUGAAUGCAAGUCUUUUUUCCUUGCAAUAUUUGAGAGAAAAGAUUGAAUGCUGUCUGAAAAUUAUUGAGGCAGUCUUUAAGACGAGUACAAUACAAUUAGACAAUGGAGAUGUUAGUAUGAUUGGAGGAAUGAUGGGAUGUUUUACAUUGUGUGCUGUUGCGUAUGAUAUUCUUGGAGACUCUACCAACAGUGAGUUGGCCGUCACACGGAUUGAACACUACAUUUCUAAAUUGUGUAAGAUCAAUGUCAGCAAAAAUCAAUCAAAACCAAUAUCGAAUGAAUGGCUUUUUGGAAGAAUUGGAUAUGUUUAUGGCAGAGCUUUUCUGCAUGCAUACAAGACAUGGAAUGAAAAUUGGACCGCAGGAAGUUCCUCUUCGACCAACACAAUCACCGACAGUGCAUAUGAAAACGAUCCAGAAAUUGAUCAAGUUGUGAAUGAAAUUCUGAAAGAUGGGUCCUCUCAUCAAAAGAACUCAUACAUGUGGGAAUGGCAUGAUAAACAGUAUCUAGGAAGUGUGCAUGGUGUGGCUGGAAUCACAACAAUAUUAUUGGACAUUCCUAAAAUAAGGCACAAUCAAGAAGUCUACAGCAAGAUAUUGAACACUAUAAAUUCAAUCAUGAGCACGCAAUACCCAGAUGGUAAUUUCCCUUCAUCAUUGGGAAGUAAAACUUCACGGCUAUUACAGCUGUGCCAUGGAGCAACUGGAUACGUUGGUUUACUUCUCAAAUUAUAUGGCCUUACAGGAGAAACCUCGUACGUAGAUUCUGUAAAAAGGGCAUCGCAUUGUUUGUGGAUUUAUGGACUACUUAAGAAAGGUCUAGGGCUGUGUCAUGGAAUUUUUGGAAAUUUAUUUCCAUUUCUUCAACUGUACACAACACUUCACGAUGAAGAAUAUUUAUACAAGGCCAUUCGAUUUGCUCAGUUUGGAUGUGAAAAUCAGAGUGCACUAAUCUCUACUCCAGAUCAUCCAUUGUCGUUAUUCGAAGGAAUUGCUGGCUCUGUGAUUGUUUUGGAUGGACUUGUACGAUGUAUGGAUUGUUAUCAAGGUGGCUCCGUUCCCAGUUCUACACUGAUUCACAUGCCUGGAUUUGACCUCAAUCUUUUCAUGUAA